AUGCGGGGAUCUGAAGCAUCGGGGCCCGGUGCCCUUUGGGAUGCUCCCUCUACCACCCUCACUACUUCCGUGAUAAGCCGCACACCGUCCGUUCUCCCGGUCGCAGAAGCCAACCAUCCCGCCGCCAUCUCUGACCAAGUCGCCCCCAACAUCGAGCCUGUCCGUAUGGCAAUGUCGGCUAGAAGUCAAGAUGGCGGUAUCGUCAGCGCCAGUGUCAAUACGCCGAGUUCGACCGGCAAGGGCAUCUUGAUCGGCGUCCUCUCCGCUUUUGGCUCUGCGGCUGUCGCGGUGGUCGUCCUGGCGGUGUUCUUCUUCUUCAAGUAUACUCGACGUGGUAGAAUUAUCUUGGAUCGCAUCGGCCGACCCGGUGAAUUCGACGAUGAGCAGGCUUUCUUGCGGGAGGAGUCGGAGGCGCUGGAAACCAUGGAUGAUCUGUCGCGAUCGGAGUACUUGAGAGCGAAAGCCUUCGUCGAAGCCAACCCCCCCGAGUCGAUGCAGACCGAUAUCUCGCUGUCCCAGUUUCUUGCGAUCCAGGAGAAGGGGGUAUCGGCGUGGGAAUUCCAACCGGAGCUGGAAAUCGCCAACUGCUUUGUCGAGGCCCGGACGGAAAUCGAGUUCUACGAUUCGGAAUGCAGCGUUCAGACCAACCUGCCCGUUCCAAAGCAGAACGACGUUUACUAUUGGGAGGCGAAGAUCUACGAUAAGCCCGAUGCCACUCUUAUCAGCAUCGGCAUGAGUACAAAACCUUAUCCGCUGUUCAGACUACCUGGUUUCCACAAAUCAUCGGUCGCCUACCAGUCCACGGGUCACCGGAGAUACAACCAACCGUUCGCGUCCACUCCGUAUGGUCCACACCUCACUCAAGGAGAUGUCGUCGGAAUCGGAUACCGGCCUCGAUCGGGUACAAUCUUUUUCACCCGCAACGGAAAGAAACUCGAAGAUGUUGUCCAUGGUCAGAAGGCGCAGAAUUUCUUCCCCACGGUCGGUGCGAAUGGACCGUGUGCUGUCCACGUCAAUUUCGGGCAGAUGGGAUUUGUGUUCAUCGAAGCGAACGUCAAGAAAUGGGGUCUGGCUCCCAUGACUGGUAGUCUAGCUCCUCCUCCACCAUAUGGAAGCGAGCAAGGCAGUAUUCUACUCGAGUCUGGUCGCGAGAGUGCUGCGCAGAUCUCCCACCGUGUGUACCAAGACGCUGGCAACGCACGAACCAGCUCAACCCUUCGAAUUGCACCCUCUGUCAGUCCUGGCCCGGUGCGAUCCCCAACCGAUAUCUCGCUCGCCCAACUAGCCCAUGUGCCUUCCAAUGAGGAUGCCGGAGAGGGUUCCAGUCGGACAAAUGGAGAUGGCGAGCAGGAUCCGCUACUGAACCCGCACGACGGCGACGAUGCCGACCAGGCCCCUCCCCCGGAUUAUUCUAGUGCGGAUGGGAGUCCGCGCAACAGCGAGGAAAUCUCACGACAAGAUCAGCCGCCCAUACCCAGCUACGAUGCCGCCGUUGGUAAUGCAGACCAUACCCGUGGUGCAAAUGCCACGGACGAAAAUCAUUAA